AUGGGAAAUUAUGCGACCGCUCGCUUGUCCUCCAUUCCCGGAAAUGGCGUGGGUUUUGUGGAUCUGGUGUUUUGGCGUGAGCCUCAGGACACGGUGGUGGUCCGCGGCGGCGUGUUGCAGCUGGACUGUGAGGCGCGCUCUGAUUGGCUGAACCCGGUGGUGCGUUGGCGAAAGGACGGCGUGCUGCUGGACUCUCUGGUGGACGAGCGCCGUGCGCAGGCGGCUAACGGCACGCUAACCGUGCGCGGAGUUGUGCACGCGCGGCACCAGCGCUCGGACGAAGGAGUCUACCAAUGUGUCGCCGCCCUGGAGGGAGUCGGGAGUAUUGCAAGUCGCGCUGCUAAAGUCACUGUGGCAGGCCCGCUGCGGUUGCUCGCCCCCACAGACUCCGCCUCCUCGUUCGUGGGAGACUCCGCCCUCUUCAGGUGUGAGGUGUCAGGUGACCCGCGGCCCCAGGUGCAGUGGCAGAAGGACGGCCUCUUCCUGGACCUGACGCGUAAACCGGACUCUCGCCUGGUCCUGAUGCCCUCCCACGCUCUGCUCAUCACCGCGGCAACGCCACAGGACAGCGGCACCUACAGGUGCAUCGCCCACAACGCAGGAAGUACCAGGACAGGCAACGGAGCAGAGCUCACGGUGCUACCAGGUGAGGGCCACCUACAGGAGAUCCUCCAGGAGAUCCUCCAGGAGAUCCUCCAGGUCCUCCAGGAGAUCCUCCAGGAGAUCCUCCGGGUCCUCCAGGAGAUCCUCCAGGUCCUCCAGGAGAUCCUCCAGGAGAUCCUCCAAGAGAUCCUCCAGGAGAUCCUCCAGGAGAUCCUCCGGGUCCUCCAGGAGAUCCUCCAGGUCCUCCAGGAGAUCCUCCAGGAGAUCCUCCAGGUCCUCCAGGAGAUCCUCCAGGAGAUCCUCCAAGAGAUCCUCCAGGAGAUCCUCCAGGAGAUCCUCCGGGUCCUCCAGGAGAUCCUCCAGGUCCUCCAGGAGAUCCUCCAGGAGAUCCUCCGGGUCCUCCAGGAGAUCCUCCAGGAGAUCCUCCGGGUCCUCCAGGAGAUCCUCCAGGUCCUCCAGGAGAUCCUCCAGGAGAUCCUCCAGGUCCUCCAGGAGAUCCUCCAAGAGAUCCUCCAGAUCGUCCAGGAGAUCCUUCGGGUCCUCCAGGUCUUUGGUCUCAUUCUUCUCGCUCUUUUCUCCAGAGCCUGGUGCUCCUCGCAGUCUGUCGUUCCUCCUGCGUCCGUCCUCCAUCAGCGCUCCCCUGGGAACAGAGGUGGUUCUGGAGUGUUCUGUGUCGGGGUUCCCCCCUCCCACUGUGACGUGGAGCCGCGGAGAGGAGCCCAUCCACACAUGGAACAGGAAGUUCAGUCUUCUGGGUUCUUCUCUGGUGAUCAGCAGCGUGACUGUGGACGACUCCGGCUCCUACAGCUGCAGCGCCACCAACAGGCACCAGAACCUCACUGCAGCCGCACACCUGCACGUGCUGGGUGA